AUGGUGCCUUUAUACCUUCAGCUCGAAGGUCGCUACCGUGACCUAUUGGAGAUUUGUGAAUCCCUUUCGAACUUGGACGGCCAAGUUCUCACUUAUGAGAUGGUUGAGCAUCUAAGUAUCGAUUUUCGUCACUUAGAUAUUGAUAAUGGUGCGACAUCCGAUUUAGUGACUCCUUACUUCCUUCCACGAUCAUCAUUUCCUAGUUGUCGUGACAUGGGUGGGGAUCUCAAGGACUGGAUGUUCGAGGUGGGACAGGACCGGGCCAGUUACGGGGAAAAGUCGAACCCACGAAUCCUACAGAGAUUCUUUCCAGCGGCCCUAAAAUUAACACAUGAUGCUUACGCUUGUGGGAUGAGUAGAGAUUUAGAGCGCCUUAUCUCCUAUUCGAAUUGGGUGACGGAUAAGUGA